UUAUAGGGAUAUAAAUUUGGUCCACCUUUUAUUGUAUUCGCCAGUUGAGUUUAGAUAUCAAUAUAUAAGCAUGCAUUUUCGCCGUUGUUUCGUCGUAUUGGGAAUGGUUGUUCGUUUGCUUGAUGGAAAUAUGAUCACAAUGACUUCUCAACCAGAAGCACCUUCGGACGACACGACACCAUCAGUAGAAGUAGAACUGACCAUGGCUUCAAAGAGAGAAGCGACUUCGGCGCGGCCUACAACAUUGAUGAGGAGGAUAGAUGUACGAAAAUCAGAUUAUAAUGUUGAACAUACUACAGAUAUAUUUCAAAGGAGUGCACGGAAAUUCUUUAGCCACAUGGGAGGCGGACGCUUCGAUCAAAUGUGGAAAUGGGAUUAUUGGUGCAUGCUGCAACCGAAAACUGGCGACUGCGGAAAUAACAGAACAAAAUACUACUACAACACGCAGCUAGAUCAGUGUUUGCCGCAUGUGUUCUCUGGAUGCAGCACAAAAAACAACAAAAACCAAUUCGAGUCGAUCGAGGAGUGCUAUAACCAUUGCAAAGGAACUGCACUCAUGCCGGCGAGCCUCCCAGCUAACAUAGAUAUUUGUAAGCUUCAGCCCGUGUCUGGGCGAUGUCUGGGUCAUUUUACAAAGUUCUAUUACGACGUAAACGAAAAGGUUUGCAAAUCGUUCGUGUAUGGGGGUUGUGCCGGCAACGAGAACAACUUCGAAAGAGAACUGCUGUGUCGUAACCGAUGUCGGCAGAAGUGGGCCGAGCCAAACGAGACACAGGUCCCGCAGGACUACGAACAGGUGGAGAACCCACAGGGUCCACAGGACUACGAACAGGUGGACGAGGCCAUGGACAGAAACACGCGUCCACCAUCAUAA